CUCUCACCGAGCCCCAUGCAAAUGCAGGCUCUGAGGAAGGUGCCAGCUCCUGCCCACAGCUUCCACCUGCCCCAGGCACCACAGGGCAGGAGCUGGGUCACGCCAGGGGCUCCAGAACCAGCUGGAGGAGGUGGCGGCUGCCGUGGUUCCACCUGUUUGCACAGGCAAGAGAGCUCUGGGCCAUUAACAAGAUUCCUGGGACCUACUUGAGUGCGGCUCUCCAGGGACAUCACUUUAUUUUGGGCAUGUUCUCAGAGUUAAAGUUCCCAGUGCCGUGGGGCCAUGUGGCAGCCAAGGCCUGGGGAUCCUCAGAGGGACACCCUGUGCUGUGCUUGCACGGCUGGCUGGACAAUGCCAACACUUUUGACAAGCUCAUUCCACUGCUCCCCAGAGGUUGCUAUUAUGUGGCAAUGGACUUUUCUGGCCACGGCUUGUCAUCCCACCGACCUGCAGGCUCCCCCUACCAUUUUCUGGAUUAUGUGACCGAUGUGCGCCGGGUUGCAGCAGCCUUGCAGUGGAGACGGUUCACCCUGAUGGGUCACAGUAUGGGUGGGUCUGUGGCAGGAAUGUUCUGUUCCCUUUAUCCUGAGAUGGUGGACAAGCUGAUCCUGCUGGAAAGUCUUGGAUUUAUGCUAGCUGCAGAGGACACUGAUGCAUGGCUGAAAUCAAAACGGAUGGUGAUUGACAGAUUACUGAGUCUAGAGGCAAAGCAGCAAACUCCCAAAGCACGGAGCCCCGAAGCAGCAUUGCAGAGGCUCUUAGAAGCAAACAGACAUCUGACAGCAGAGGGUGGGGCAAUCCUGCUGCAGCGAGGAGCAACUGAGACACCCGCUGGAUUGGUAUAUAACAGAGACAUGAGAGUCCGUACCCAGAGUCAGGAGGCCUUCACAGUGGAGCAGUGCGUGGAGCUCCUGCAGAAGAUCCAGGACCGUGCUCUCAUCAUUCUAGCACAAGAUGGACUUUUGGUACCGCACAAGCUAGGCAGCAGAAAUCACUUUGCGAAAACUCUACAGGAGGAGUUUGAGUCUACUCUCAAAGAGCACAUCCAGCUAGUAGAGGUGCCUGGGAGUCAUUUUGUGCAUCUGAAUGAGCCUGAGGUGGUGUCUGGAAUCAUCAGCAACUUCCUGACUGUGCAAAACACCAGAGCCAGGCUCUGAGAAGCCCUCAUCGCUGCGGCAAUCCAGGAGAACAGGGAGCCAAAAAGCACACCCUGGAGGAAUUGUCACCAUUCCUAACUCGCAUCCAACAUCAAGUGUCACGAUACCCUCUCCUAUGCUUAGCUCACUGCAGGAUGGAAGCAGGUCUGCUCAGGGGUUCCCUGGAGGAGGGCUGAGCAGAGUUCUUCAGUUGUCAAAGGGCAAAGGAAUCCCUUCACUUCCAGCUCUGUGAGUACAGGGAUAGAGGCCCAGGGUGGCCUUCCCCGUGCUUGCACCCUGAAAUGGAGCAGAAAUACAGGUAGAGACAUCAUCUGUGGGAGUAGCAUGAGAAAGGUGGCUCACCUUACCUCCUCCCCAAGGAUGGUACACCCAGUCUCCUUCCAGGAUUAGACCUUCUGAAUAAACAGAAAGUGUUCUGCUUCUCUGCUUACUUCCACAAAUGCCUGAGCUCAGAAGGCCUUGGUGUCUCUGUUCUACUGUGAGAGCUGCUGCUUUUUUAAUCAGCUUAAAUAGAAGCUCACCUGGGCACAGAAGGCCAUUUUAAUGAACUUCUAGGGAAUGAGUCACUAAUCCUCUAGCUGAAGCAGCUGGGAGAACUGCUAUUAAUGGAAAAGUUGGCAAGAUUAUUUCUGUCCUUCUAAAUAAAGAUUAAUCUCCUAAUGUUAA